GGUUAGUUUCCCUCUGAUUCUCUCUGUCGCUCGCUGCGUCGCUCACUCGAAGGUUCCUUUUCCGUCGCCUGCCUGCACGAAGAUGCCGCGAAUUGACAACGACGUGAAGCUCGACUUCAAGGAUGUCCUCCUGCGGCCCAAGAGAAGCACCCUCAAGAGCAGGAGCGAGGUUGAUUUGACUCGCACCUUCACCUUCCGCAACUCCAAGGGCACCUACACAGGAAUCCCCAUCAUCGCUGCCAACAUGGACACCGUGGGAACCUUCGAGAUGGUUAAGGCCUUUAACAAGCACACCCUCUUCACUGCUGUGCACAAGCACUACUCUUUGGACGACUGGGUGGAAUUUGCAUCCAAAAACCCCGACUGUUUGGAGCACGUUGCCGUGAGCGCAGGCAGCGGCACCAAGGACCUGGCUCGUAUUUCAGCUGUGCUGCAGGCCGUGCCAGCCGUCCGCUACAUCUGCCUGGACGUCGCCAAUGGCUAUUCGGAGCACUUCGUCGAGUUUGUCAAGAGCGUGCGCGAAAAGUUCCCUGAUCACACCAUCAUGGCGGGCAACGUGGUGACGGGGGAGAUGGUGGAGGAGCUACUUUUGGCUGGGGCUGAUAUCAUUAAAGUUGGAAUCGGCCCAGGCUCGGUGUGCACGACGCGCACCAAGACCGGCGUGGGAUACCCGCAGCUGAGCGCCGUGCUGGAGUGUGGGGACGCCGCACAUGGACUCGGCGGGCACAUCAUCUCGGACGGGGGCUGCACUUGCCCGGGCGACGUAGCUAAGGCAUUUGGAGCCGGAGCCGACUUUGUGAUGCUGGGAGGAAUGUUGGCUGGCCACACCCAGAGCGGUGGGACCCUGACGGAGCGAGAUGGCAAGCAGGUGAAAACAUUCUAUGGCAUGAGCUCAGGAACCGCAAUGGAGAAGUACGAUGGAGGAGUGGCUGAUUACAGGGCAUCGGAGGGCAAGUCGGUGGAGGUGCCGUACCGCGGCGACGUGUCCGACACGGUGCGCGACAUCCUGGGCGGCGUGCGCUCCACGUGCACCUACGUGGGCGCCGCUAAGCUCAAGGAGCUGAGCCGCCGGACCACCUUCAUCCGCGUGACGCAGCAGAUCAACGCCGUGUUCAGCAACAACUAGCCGGCACGCGCCCGCUGGAGCGUCCGCCGCGCGAUGAUUUCAACGUGGCGCGUCGAUGGCCGUGGCCCGCCGAUGUCUCUGUACUAGGGGAGGGGAAGACGGCUGCUUUAUUUUAUAGGGCCUACAACUUAAUUUUAUACAGCCUCAUAUCAGGCCCAUCACAUUGCAUACCUGUCAACGCAUACGGUUUAACCGUAUUCUUGUACAGCGAAAUUGAGUUUUCAGGUCCAACACAGGCAAAAAAUACAUGUUGUCUAUUUGUGUUUCUCCCUUCUGAUGGGACUUUUUAGGAUGAACUUUAAGAUUUAUAAGGGUACAGCGUGACCAAUAAAGUCGGAGUUGGUCUGUAAUAAGGUAGGCACUGAUGGGUUGACAGGUAUGACAUUGAAACGGCCUACUUAAGAUAUUGUCACGGCAAACAUCGUAGCCACACAAGUUCUAGAGUGGUACAUUUUCCACCUGGCCUCGCUGUGAUUAGAAUUUUUCGUGGAGUAUGUUGACUUGCGUGGCCUUGCCAAAGGUAUUUAAAAGUAACAAUUCGGCUCCGUGUAAUAACAAGUUCCCCAGCCCGACGCGAUAAUAGUAUAGAAACACAUUCCAAGCGCUUUAAAUGAUCGUAGAAACUGAAUUAUUCCUCAGCAUACAACGAUUCAUUAACUUAGAUCGUCAUGACCAUAACUCAUGUACCAAUUGAUUGUUUUAUUUAUAAUAUUUUUUUUCUUUAGGCUAAGGUUUGGGGCACAAGACGGCUACAAAGAUAGACAUUACAACGAGGAAUGACGAGAUGGAACGGGUAAAGAGGGCAAAAGUAAUUGAGUCUCCGGAUUCAAAUCAUGACCCAGUUCCUUCAUUCGCAGAGGGAGGGGGGAGUGAAUCAUUACACACAAUCAUUUCAAAUUAUUUGUUGAUACUGCCUGCGUUAUUGAUGAACGCAUUGAGUCUUUGUUGUUGCAACUAUUCCAGUCCGCUUUUCACCCGUUUGACCCAACCUCGGCCUCUUGACUCGCUCUCCUUUCCCAUCCCAAAACCAAGCGGUCAACCUCGCGAAGUUUCGCCUCGCUGGGCUCCUGGCAAAGGUGUUUGAGCUCUACUCUACGGUGCUGCGUGAGCAUUUGAGAAUCUCAAGGUUAAAUUUGGUUGAGUUGGCUUGCGUCGGGAGGAACUCGGCAGGAGAAUUGCCCCUUUUGCUGCAGGCACAGGUGAAUUUAGACCCCAGACAGACACAAAAUGAGGUAAUGACCAUAUUUAUGAUUAACGAGAAAGUUCAUGAUUGUAUCGCAUAUAAUUUCAACAGUAUUAUUCCUUCGGCUCUGCCAAUUUAGUCUUCACAGUGACUUAUUGGUCUAAUUUAUGUGAACAUUUUAGCUUUCCGAGGGAUUUAAUGUGUCAAACCAGCGGUCCCCAACCUUUCUGGCAUCAGGGACUGGUUUCGUGGAAGACAAUUUUUUCACGGACUGGGGGAGGGGGGGGGGGGUCAUCAUUGGGUCUUUCCCCCUUUUUAAAGAAGCUCUCCAGCGACGUUUGUUUUUACUGAUUUUGGCUAGGGGUUAGCAGCUUGUGGGCUUACCAACACUGUGACUGAGUGCGCGGUGCGGGAAAGAGGCGCGGAUGGAAGUGGUAAAUAAUAAAACAAUGGGGGCGGGCCACGCGCAGACUCACCGCUCUCACCUGCUGCUGGCGGCCCGGUUCCUAACAGGCCAUGGACCGGUACCGGUCUGCGGCCCGGGGGUUGGGGGCCCCUGUGUUAUACAUUCCGGAUCUCAUCCGAACUACGUGUUAAUAUUACCAGGCUGGAAAAAAAUAUUUGGAACGAAAGUUUUGGACAUUAGCAAAGGAUGAUUAAUUGACGUAGCCACUUAUUUUAAUACAACGAUGUACUUAAUAAUAAUACGUGGCAGUUGAAAUGAGGCAUUUAACAUAAAAAAUUAUGGUGACAAAAUGUGCACAAUAAACAUUCCACAUGCC